AUGUCUAAAGUUAUUCCGCCUAAUAAUCUUCAAUUUACUCAAUACACCGCUCCUGAAAUUCUUGCCAAAAAAUCUAUAAAUGAUAAAACAAAAUUAAACAUCUACAGUUUAGGCGUAUUAUUUUGGGAGGUGUCUAGUAAUGGUGUCGAACCUUUUCAAGAUAACUAUGAUAUAUCAUUAGAAAGCAAGAUAAUUAACGGUCGCAAUCGUAAUAAUCAUGAUUUUGCUAUUACAAAGAACGAUAUUUUUAAGAAUGUUGAGGUAAAAACAGAUAAAACAGAUUUUAUUCCAAUUGUUUUUCUCGUAAAAAUAAAUACAAGUCAUUGGGAAGUUUUAAAUAAUUUAUCUCCAUGUUCGAACGGUGGUCAUCUGUUUGCUGACGCUGAUAAGAUACAAAUUCAUAUUCCAGUUGGUACUAUAGAAUACUGUGGAAAUUUAAAUGCUGAUUUCAUUCAAGAAAUUAAAGAUGCGCUCAACAUUUCAAAUGUAGAUGAAAAAAAGAAUAAAUUAAAAGAAAUAUUUCAUGAUUAUGGAAAUUAUGUGAUUACUAAGUUCACUAUUGGUGGGACGAUAACGAUUGAUUGUUCAAAAGCUGAUCCUAAAAGUUUAGAAUGUCUACAAACUUAUCUUUCUUGGGGAAUCAGUUAUGCAAAAGGCGAAUCUUUGCCUAUUUUUGAGCUCACUUCACUUGAUAGUUUUCCAUCAUUUGAAACUUUGCCAUCGCGAGCACAACCCAUGAAAUGCGUUGGAGACCUUUAUUCUUGGCUGAAAGAUUUACAUGAUUAUAAAAAUGUGACUAUUAUAUCAUAUGAAGGUUAUAAACCAUCAUUUGGAUUAUUAGAUGAACAAUUACAAAAUGGAAUAUUUGAAUGCUUUUCGUUUAAACCUAACAAUCAAAGUCUUCCAAAAUUAAUUCCACAACUUCCUGCUACAUAUGAACAAAAAAGCUUUUCAGAAUGGGUAUCAAAACCUUCAUUAUUAUCACAUGCACAUGAUUUGAUAGAAAACAAUCUUUCGCUACAGUAUAAUAUCUUUCCAAAACAUUACUCCAAAUUAGGGUAUGGAAAAAGUAUUAGGUUUAAAUUUCUAAAGCAACCUAAAAUUAUCUCAACGAAAAAAAUUACUAUUUCAUUCAUUUAUCCUAAAAAUCAACAUAUUACUCAUUUAUCAUAUGAUAUAGAUAAAUUAAAUCUUGACGAAACUUUUUAUCAUAUUACUCCAAUAGAUGAUGUUAAAUGUUCUACACAAAUUUUUUGUCAAAUUACAUAUCAUGCAGCAGAAAUUUCUUGGGAUUCACCAAGUAUGAUACCUGCAGAGCUCUAUAAAGAUUCUCCUAAAGCAAUUAAAGCAAUUGAAAAUUAUUACGGCAACACUUUACCAAAAGCCUUAACCAUUGGUAGCACACUAACAACAUAUGAAGCUUGUAAUAUUUCUAACUUACCUUACAAAUUUCCGCAAGAAACAUCACCAGAAAAAAUUGAACAAAUUUUAGAAGAAUUGAAUAUUGAUACAUCAUUUAUUAGUAAUAAUGGAAAUGUUAUCAAUAGAAAUCAGAUUAAAGAUUGGUCGGAAGCCUUUAACACUAAUCCUGAAAAUUGGAAAAUUAUUUCUUUCGGUGAUUGGUCUCCAUGUUAUAAAACCUUGCAUCAAUUUCGGGAAGAUAUAAAGUUUGUUUCUAAUAAUGAAUAUCAGAUUGUUUUUCAUGGAGAAAACUCAUUCAGUCAUGAGGAUCAAAAUAUAAUUAUUAAAUUUCCUCAUCCACUUAUCAACGAUAAUUAUCAAAUUUUUGGAAAUAUUUUAAAGAAAUAUCCCAAUAAUUUGGGAGAAUCUUGGAAAAAAAUUCCAGAAGCAACUAUCGCAUUUAAUAUAACUAAAAUUGAAUGGUUUGUACUUGCUAAAUCAGGAGAAUACUGUGCGGAUAAUUCUAGAGAUAUUAAAGCUACCUGUGGAAAGAUUGAUAUUGAUGUCUCUCAAAGUGAAAUUUUUAUCAGAACUGAUGAUAUUAAUACAAAUUGUACUCUUGUGACUUCAUUUGUUCAUAAACCACAAAGCGAUACUACUCGUUAUUAUAAUAUUACACUUAGCUAUUGGACCAAAUAUGAAAUCGUCCUAAAAAUUCGGAGAGAAAGACAAAAUAUUUUUGAAGAAUUUGAAAUUUCAAAUGAGAAUAAUAAAAUUAAAGAUGGAUCUAAACCAGACCCACAGGAAAAGAUAACUCUCAAUUGGUAUUGUGAUGAUCUGAUAGACAAUGAACCAAAUUAUUUAUCAUCAUUGAAUACUACUAAACAAAAUCUAUGGUCAAUUAAACAUAAUAAUUUUAAUUCAGGUAGCUUUUUAUGUUUAGAUAAAAAUUCUAAAGGAAAUGAAUGGAUAAUAAAGCUUGCGAUAAAAACUGAGAAUGAGUCAUUAGCAAACAGGGAUCGCGCCAAAGAUAUAAAAGCAAGAAACGCAUAUGCAUUAAAAAUACCAUUAAAUGUCCCAACUCUGAACAGUUAUUUACCAGAAUUAUAUAAACUUCCUGUUACCUUCCAAUUCCCUUUACCACUUAUUGAAAUAGAAAAUGAUGUGCAAUUAAUCCAGGAAUGGUCACUCGCAUUAGAAAAGAUGAAUCAUAAUAUUAUUACGCAAUUAAAUGAAAGCCAAGCUACUGAAGAAUUCAAGAUUUACAUUACUAAAUUUGUAGCAGAUGCUUUUUAA